CCCCGGCCCGGCCCGAGCCCCCCCGCCAGCCCCGAGUGCGGCAGGAUCCUCCGGGCAGACCAGCGUGUCCUGGCCCUGCUGCACCACGAGCACCUGCUGCGGGAGCUAGAGGAGCUGGUGCGGGAAGAGGGCACCAAGAAACAUCCGAGUGAGGCCAGGAAGCGGGGCCGCCCAGGAGAGCGCUACGAGGAAGAGGAGACGAAGGAGCUGCGGGAGGAAGUCAAGGAGGCCACGGUGUCGCAGGCCACGGAGGAGCAGGGCGACAAGAAGCGGAGCCCCCCGGAGUCCCGGGCCGCCCGGAGGCACUGGGGGGCCCCUGGCUCUGAGGAGCGGGGCCGGCCCCACGGGGAGCCCGGCUGGGCCACGGAGGAGGAUGAUGAUGAAGAGGAAGGCAAGAGGUCGGGGCCCGGGAAGCGCGUGGCCGAACAAGCCAGCGACGAGGACACGGCCCAGUUUGAGGCCGAGGAGAAGGGCGUGAAGAUCUCCGGCUCCCAGAGCCACGGCCACGGGGGCCACGGCCAGGAGGAGGAAGAGGAGGAGGAGGAGGAGGAAGAGGAAGGACGAGAGUCCCGGGAGCUGGCCAAGCUGGAGGACAUCGAGCUCCAGCUGAAGAAGGCGGCUGAGAAGCUGCGGGAGCUGCGGCGGGGCUGAGCCCCCCUGCCCCCUUCUGGGGGGGUGGAAAAGGAGGCAGGGGCCCUU